AUGUCCAAUCUGACGAGUCGGACUUCGUCUCCCUUCGCGGGCGGAUCUGGGUCGGCGUCGGGCGCAGGGUCAGCUCAGCUGGAAGACCAGUCCGUAGGAGUGAUCCGGUCGCGCACCCUCUUGUUCCUCUCUUAUCGAUCCUCCGCACCGCUAGGACCAAGCGGCAGCGGGUUCAGCUCGCACAGGAGCUCGCUGGGAUAUGGAGGAGAAGGAGAGUCGUGGGAUAGUCAGAGCGACGGCUUGCUGCGCUCCGCGAUGAGCAGAGCGGCAGGACAAAGCUCUUCUAUAGAUGUCGAAUCCCAAAGAGACGCUUCUUCUUCAGGAACCAAAGUCGGAACAUUUUACGACGCGCAAGGAGCUUUGACAUCUUACCCGCCAAGGAGCGGCUAUGGAGCUGAUGAUGUGGGCUCCUCUUCACUGCCCCCCAAGUGGGUCGACACAUCCGACGAAGUAGAUGCUGUGCUUAACAGCGUAAGACCCAAGAUAGACAGACUAGACAAGCUUCACAACAAACAUUUGCUGCCAGGCUUCGCUGACAGGAGCAAGGAGGAACAAGAGAUCGAGGGUGUAACUGUCGACAUCACGAGGGUGAGCGCAAAAGCUUCGAUGGCAAGAAGAGAUCGAUUGUUGUCAAGUGCUUCACGCUGACCCUCCUUUGUACCUCGCCCGCGCCUGCCGCUGUUACUAACCUCCUCAGGAAUUCCGCAGAGCGACGUCCCUGAUCAGACAGCUUGCAAGCGCGACAUCUCGUCAGAUUGCAGCUUCUCAAAUGUCUGCCCGGGAAGCGUCCAUGGCUCACAAUGUGCAGACAGCGCUAGCGACCAGGGUUCAGGACAUGAGCGCAGAUUUCAGAAAGCGACAAGCGGACUACAUGAGGAGGAUGAGAGGCAUCGAGGAGAGGCACAAGAGCAUCACCAAGGGCUCUGGACUAGGCGCUAAGCGCGAGAAGGAGGAAGCUUUGAGAGAAGACAUCGAAAUGGUGCGUCUUCCAUGAUUCCACAUCUGCAAAAACAUACCUCGCAUUGACGCCGCUGGGCUGACUGCCACUAUGUGCACAGUCGCAAGCCCACCUUUCAAAAUCAUCCCAGUCGGAUUCUCAAUCACAGCUCCUUAUGCAAGAAGAAGAGCAACCAAAGAGCACUCAAGGGCAAGUCUCGGCGGAAGCCGAUAUCCAAGCGAGGGAUAGGGAGAUAGAUCAGAUUGCCAAGUCCAUCACGGACCUGGCGGAGCUGUUCCAGGAUCUGAACGCGCUCGUAAUCGAUCAGGGCACCAUGUUGGAUAGGAUAGAUUACAACAUUGAGAACAUGGGUCGUGAUAUGCAAGAGAGCGUGAAGGAGCUGAAUCAGGCAAAGCAGUGAGUCGAGUACGGUUGGAUAGCGUCGACAAAGCCUUCACUAGAGCAGAAGGUAUUGGCGGGCCGUGAUGACGCUGAUGAUCGCCCUCGUGCACCUACCAGCUAUCAAUCCAGAACCUCGAGAGGCCAGUGCAUCCUGUUGCUCGUCUUGUUGAUCAUGCUCGCUCUGGCACUGCUCAUCAUCAAACCGUUUUGGCGAUCCUUUACGUCCGCCAGCCCGGCGGGCAGUCCGCCCGUUCCAACGCAGACCAGCCCCUUCUCGCUCAACGAGCGUACUCGAGUGUUUUAUGAUGGCAGGUGA